UUGAACGAACUCUUAUAAUCUUAUCAUAUUAUAGUUUCAAUAGAAUUACCAGUCAAUUGAUACCUUCGCUGAAUGUCUCGUUUACCUAAGCUUGCAAGAAAAAUAUAAAUAGAACUAAGGGUCUGCGAGGGAGUGAUGCGCACGCAUCGGAACCAGAAAGGGCGUAAGUAAGCGGCGCGGCGGCGCGUUAAUGUUGGCUUAGAGCAUGCGAUCAAUAGUCGUGCUGACGUCAGUGAGGUGUCGCGCCAUUGGCCCUCCCGGCAUUAUUAAAUAAACCUCCGGGGCGAGUGGCGCUGUACGUCGCGCCGCGGCACAGCACCGCAAAACGCGGCGGGCCCGCGCACCGCUCGCGGCUCGCCGCCCGCCAUGGACGACAUGCCGGACCUGUCGCACCUCACGCCGGAGGAGCGCGCCAUCAUCGAGGGUGUCAUAAUGCGCCAGCGACAAGAGGAGCAGCGAGAGCACGAGAUUAUGAGACGUAAACAAGACGAAGUAGCGGUACUCGAGCAGACUAUUCGUACCAGAAACGAAAUGCACCGAGCAGCCGGAGUAGAGUUAGCUGCCACCUGCCACAUCUGCCUGAAGACCAAGUUCGCAGACGGAGUGGGUCACUCCUGCCACUACUGCAGGGUGAGGUGUUGCGCUAGGUGCGGAGGAAAGGUCACUUUAAGAUCCAAUAAGGUUAUAUGGGUUUGCAUACUCUGUCGAAAAAAACAAGAACUGUUGUCAAAAACCGGCCAAUGGAUACACAAAAGCGCCGGUCAAGAUUCAAUGCUAUGGCAAAUGGAGUCCGAUUUGAGAGGUUUACCUCCUCAGGGGGACACUUCUUUAGAUAAAAGGCCGAAAUUAGAGAGGGCACACAGCGCCGCAGAAAAGGAGAACCUACCCUUGCAAAGAUCGGGGAGUGCCUUGCGGCGGCAGUACAGUCAGCAGGAAGCACGAUGUUAUGGGGAGUUGGAAGGGCUGGCCCGAACUCAUCCUCACCUCGUGCAUCCGAGACAAAAAGCAGCGUACGGGGUGGAGGAUACGGGCUUGCCUCCCGUCGGGCCGCACGCACAGCUGCUGCCAUUGCCGCACGUGCCCGGUGCGCACCCGCCGCUUCCACCGCGCUCUUCCUCGUCCGACGACGAGGUGCCCGAGUGCGUCUCCGACGAGAACGACGAGUACCGCGACCGUGGACAACUCGAAGCGUGUUCUUCUCUACGGCACUCGCACCUGCGCAACACCAGCGUGGCUGCCAACAAUUAUUACAAUUUGACUAAUCAUUCACCGGCCUCGUACAUGCCGGAGGUGCGCGGGGCGUUCGAUGCCGCCAGAACUGCACCGGCGGGCGGCCGUAGUUUCGACUCGGUCACGGAUUGCCGCUGGCGCGCCCGUGACGACGGGGAGGGCUCGUACUUGCGCCCCUACGUGCCGGACGGGGGCCCGCGUCUUGACCGUGCUGUAUAUAAGAGUGCCUAUUUGUGGGAAGACUCCUCCGAUAACAGACGGUUCACCGAGAGGAGAAAAAAAACUGUACGCUUCGAUGGGCACGAAGGUGCCGCGACGUUUCCUCGAGGCGGUCGCGACGCGUCGGGCGCGCCGCACGACUGGGCCUCCUUGCGCUGGGAGUCGGAGCGGCAGACCAGCCAAGACUCCGCCACCAAAGACUCGGGCAUCGAUACCUCUAGCACUUUUACUUCCAGUGAAGACUCAAACAGGGGUGAUUGCCCUAAGUUUCCACUGAACUGGCAAGUUUCAACUGAUGGUACGCGUAUGAUUGGGCACAUGGUUCUGCGCAAGAGUGUGGUAGAAGGCAGCUCCCACUCCUCAGCUGCGAUUCUCGGUCUGAAGGUCGUCGGAGCGAAAAUGCUACCGGACGGAACGCGUGGUGCCAUAGUUGAGAAGGUCAAGAAAGGAUCCAUUGCGGACUUAGAAGGGCAGCUAAGAAUAGGAGACGAAGUGUUACAAUGGAACGGUGUUCCGCUGCAAGGGCGCAGUGCGGAGGAAGUGGCAGCGGUGGUGGCCAACAGCAAGCACGAUUCACACGUUGAGCUGGUGGUGUCACGCCCGCUUGCAUCUUCCCGCCCGCCGGCACAGUCUUGGAGAGCUCAUAAAGAGGUUUACACCGAAAUCUUGGGUGGAUGCGAGAAACCUAGUGUGCUGGUGACGUCACCGGGCUCGCCAGACAUACAUGCACGCCGCCGGUCCGCGCGGCAAAACCAUCACAACGUCAGCGUAACCGGCCGCAUACAGCUAAAAGUUUUUUUCGACAUCCCGGCUCUCCAGCUGCUGGUGACCGUUGUAUCAGCUACGGGUCUAAGCCCCAGGUCUGACGGCUCCCCUCGAUGUCCAUAUGCCAAAAUCUUCUUACUACCAGACAAGAGCGAGAAAAGCAAACGCCGAACUAAAACACUUGCGAAUACAUUGGAACCAAGAUGGAACCAAACGUUUGUGUACUGUGGCAUUCGAAUUUCUGACCUCAAAAAACGAACUCUAGAGGUCACUGUAUGGGAUUUAAAUCGCUACGGACCUAAUGACUUCCUAGGUGAAGUCUUACUGGACCUCGAUGCUGCUAUGAUGAAUCAAGAACCUAAUUGGUAUUUACUGAAACCUCACGAAGAAAUACCGGGAUAUAGUCGGUACCGGGACGACGAUGUGGAUGGCGAACAUUUAUCACCUCCAUCCACAUCGACGUCUCGUCUCUCUGACUCGGACACCCCGAGUGAGUGCGAACUACGCAGGCACCACUCACUCUCCAGCCUGGCAUCUAGUUCGAGCCCACCACCACCGCAUGAGAUUGAGGAAACACGUUGCAGUAGACGAGACAUGUCGCCAGCUGGUCGUGUGAGAACGGCUGGCAUGUCGAGGGAACGGAGUGGAUACGUAGUGAGGUCGCAGUCUGCGGCCGGCGGACGCAGUGCGUCGCCUCGCCGCUCGCUGUCUCCACCCGGCUCCGCCCCGCGCUACACAGUGUGUGAAGAUCGAGGCGAUGCAUCGCGAUUACCAACGCACGCGUACGCACCGCGUUUUCAGUCGCGAUCGGCCACCGCCACUCCCACCACUAGUCCAAAGAAGCGACAGCUUCCCCAAAUACCGCACCAGCAGAGUGGUCAGCGAGCGAUGCGCGCGCAGGUGUCGGCGGACCUUGAAGAACGUAAGUGGAUCGGCCCGCACCACAUUGGCGCCACACUCACCUACCGCAGCACGCCACAAGGGUGGGAGAGGCACUAUGCGGGUUUGUCGGACUCUGAAUUGGCAGCGCGCGGUGGAGGCUGGGCACCGAGACGCCGCCUCUCGCCCGACGCGGCGGCUGCGGACUCGGACCUCGAGUCCGUCGCCUCCGUCACAUCUAGUGCUUUCAGUACGCAGUCCGAACGGCCACGUCCCACGAGGAUGCUAAGCCGGAUGCAAACGCUUCCCGUUUACAGCACUUCUUCCUUUUGCAAAAGCUUUGCCCCUGCCCUUGAAUGUUAUUAUAAUGAGGCGGCGGAUGGGGAUUUUUUUACUAAAAGUUGCAAAUCGCAUUGCACCAAUUUUGUAUCCCCUAAUUUAACGACACAUCUCGCACACCCCACCCGCCGUCUUCGUCGUAUACUCUCCCGCAGUCGUUCUGCUGGUGCCUAUCCUAAAGAGUCCACACCCUUACUCGCUUAUGAAAAAAGUAGUAGCUAUUCUGAAAGUUCCGAACAGGACUAUGAUUUCUAUAUCGCAAAUGACAUUUACGAAAGCAUAAAGUCUAAAAACUCAAAAAGUAUCGAAAACUAUACAAAUACAUCAAAAGGUAAACCUUCAAAAGUACGUCAAAAGCAUCGUUCAAAAAGGAAAUUACAAUCGCAAUUGACCAAUUAUUAUAAAUACAGUAAUGAAGGUAAUUGCAACCAUUACUUUCAAAUAGAUAAUCCGAGAGUCGCCCGUCAAAUUAAAACAUCAAAAACAGGCAAUCAUAAAAUAGUUCAAACAAACACUUUGCCGGAAACAUCCUUUUUUGAUGAAGCUAAUGAUAAACGUAAAAAUAAUAAAACGGAAGAACCUUUCCAUCAUUUUCAUGGCUAUGCUAGUGAUGAUAGUAUAGCAGAAACCACUAUACAUAUUAUUAGACUUGAUAGACAGUAUAGUUUAGAUAAAGAUGGAAGGGAACCGCAAACUGAAAAACAACGAGAUUCUAAAAAAAGGAAUAAAUCUUAUUCAUCUACCGAAGAUGUAGAUAGGAAAAAUAUAUUAUCUUUAGAUUUAAAAGCAAGAUAUGAUAAUGUUGAAACAUUUAAUAACGAGCUUGAAGAUACUGAAAUUGGAUUUAACGAGAAGUCUACGAGGUAUUACGAUAUUUCACCUCCUAGCUUUUUAAAACCGUCAACUCCAGGAGAAAAAGAAGUUAUGUUUAAAAAAAUGUACAUUUCCAGGCACAAUAAAAAAUAUUUAAAGCAAAAAGAUGUAAAUCGAGAUCAAGAACUAGUCACAUGGAAAAGGCAGGCUGUAAAUAAAGUUCCUAAAACUCCAACAUGCAAUGGACAUCACCCCCAAUAUUCCGUUUUUCACCCAACUAAUUUAGAUAGAACAUUUAAAUAUCCAUUAUCACCUAACAUAAACAACGCUUACUCUCAAUCACCUUUUUAUGCUGCAACCAAUCACGUAGACCAAGAGUAUAGUAAAAUGGCUAAUUCUUUGUCUGUCGGUCUUUCUCCCACGAACCUCGGCUCGCCCCGUGGUGUGCUCACAUCCGUCGCCCCGCACUUGCCAUCCGAUGACACACAUCAUAACACCACCGAAGCGACGACGUAUCUGCCUGCUGCUGCUGACUUCACUCGUGCUGACAAACCGAAAACAUCAAACAUGCCAUACGAGGAGCGUCAUAAUUCUCCAACUACCAAAACCAAUGAUACACGGACCAAAACCGUCUAUUCGCCUGAACUUGAAUGCAGCAAUGACUAUGGAGGGCGUGAGAACGGGCGGAAUCACAGCCAACAGCAGCCGCUCGAGAGGCGAGAAUCUCGACGCGGACAGUUUACUCGCAGUCUCAGCAAUGCUGAUGUACCUCCUGAUGAAAAAGCAGACGGCAGUCUCAGCGAUACAGCACUUGGUGGAACCAAUGAAGUAGAGCCUGUAAGUGACGACGCCCUUCUCAAAGCCGAACCAAGAGAUUUCUUCGGCCCUGGCAUGGGAAAGAAAAGCAACUCUACUUCUCAACUUUCUGCCACAGGAAGAAAAAGACGGUUAGGUUUCGGUAAACGUGGGAAAAAUUCGUUUACGGUUCAACGCAGCGAGGAAGUGGUGCCUGGGGAAAUGCGAGGCGGUACACGGGCCUCUUCCGCAUCGAGCGAAAACGACGAUGAAAGGUGGUCUCCUGGGAUGCGAGGAUCAGGGUCUUCCGAUGGCGGUGGCUAUACAGACUUUAUUGAUGGGCUGGGCCCAGGACAGCUUGUCGGUAGACAGCUCCUGGGAGCAGCCACUCUUGGCGAUGUUCAACUCUCCAUGUGUUACCAGAAAGGAUUUCUUGAGGUGGAGGUAAUUCGGGCAAGAGGGUUACAAGCGAGACAAGGUAGCCGUACACUGCCAGCGCCUUACGUUAAAGUGUACUUAGUGAAUGGUAAACGCUGCAUUGCCAAGGCAAAGACGAGCACCGCAAGAAGAACAUUAGAUCCACUAUACCAACAAACUCUUACAUUUAGGGAAAACAACAAGGGAUGUAUUCUACAAGUUACGGUGUGGGGGGAUUAUGGUCGCAUAGAAGGUAAAAAAGUGUUCAUGGGAGUGGCGCAGAUCGUUCUAGACGACUUAAAUCUCACCAAUAUUGUCAUCGGAUGGUACAAGCUCUUCGGAACCACGUCACUGUUACAAGACAGUACAUCGCAAUCGGCAAAACCUCUAUGACGUCAUCAGAAUCUGUCUCAUUUUGUCGCGCACACGUAUCAGGCACCUACUAAUCGCAAGCUCUUAGUGCCCGGGUGAUAAAAGUAACCAAGGUGCAGCAGUGGCUAGUGUGUUCGACGAAGCUAUAUCAAACACAAUAAAAAUUAACUUUGUCCAAACAAUACAUUUAGUGAUACUGCUUUAAUAUCAUAAUAAACUGCAAAAAUAUCUUGAACAUAGGAAAUUUUCUAUAAAACGAAAGUUAUAUGUAAAUGAUUUGUAUUUUUAUUUUCUUUUGGAAUGCCUACCGGAGUUUUGAAUAGAUAGCAUUUUAUAGCAAGAAAAUAAAAUGUAUAGU